CCUGGAUCUGUGAAAGGAGCUUUUGAAUUUGUUGUUUGAGAAGGAAGAGAGGAAAAUCUGGAGUGACAGACUGUGGCAGAGUGAAGACGAAGGAUUCAGUUUGAGAUUCAUCAAAAUGUAUAAUAUUACUAAUAAUAAUACUAAUUUGACAGAAGACCCCUGCUUUACACCGAAUCAAGACACUUACCAAGCCCUCUCCUACGUGAUGAUGGUGGAGUUCAUUCUGGGACUUCCGCUCAACCUCUCAGUGCUCUACAUCUUCAUCUUCAGGUAUAAAUUCUGGAAGAAUAACAGCGUGUUCCUCUUCAACAUUGUGGUCGCUGAUUUUUUGUUGGUGGCCUGUCUUCCUGUUAAAAUUCACCACUAUCAGCACAGUCUGAGGCGCAGCAAGAAUGAUGCUAUUUGCCGUCUGAUGCACUUCAUGCUGUUCCUCAAUCGAGGGGCCAGCAUCGGCUUCCUCAUCACUCUGUCCCUGGACCGCUACUUCAGCGUCGUCCAUCUUGGGAAGAGAAAUUGUGUGAAGGUGCUUAAGAAGUCUCCACUGAUCUCUGUGCUUAUAUGGGUGUUCUUACUGCCGCUCACCAUUCCCACGAUGCUCAACAAAUUCGAUUGCUGCAACAGCUUUGGCCGAAAUAACACCACGACUCUAGAAAUGUUGGUGGAUGCUUUCAGAGAGACUGUCUUCUUCUCGCAAAUCAUCAUCCCCUUCAUCAUCCUCAUUUACUGCACAACUUGCAUCAUCAAUCGGCUGAAGAGGAAAUCAAUUGGGGAAAAGGCCAAACUGAGGAGAGCCGUGUUCGCCGUCCUGUCUGUCGCCAUUGUCUUCUCCAUCUGCUUCCUGCCGUGCAUGAUGGCUCGGCUGGCGCUGCUGAUCGUGAGGCUGAAACAAUGUCAGGAGAUGGAGGAUAAGGUGGUCCAGGUAUACGACGCCCUCAUGGUUUUGUCCUACGCCGACUGCUUGUUGGACCCACUGGUUUACUGCUUCUGCAACUCAGGCUUUAAGGUAGCUUACAUCUCCACUUUCUUCCCACCAUACCUGAGGAAGAAACUGCUGAAGUCUCCCUUGACCACACCAAUGGCCACAACAACAGGAACUACAGGAACUACAACGACAACUGUAGUCCCAGGGGCUAAACUGAUUUCAUUGCAAAUGAUGGAAAAAUGACUAUUAGUCAAUCUUUCUGGUUUAAAUGUAGCUAUCAUAAAAACUUGACAACUACUGCUCCACCUGUAAAGGUAUCUUCUCAGGAACAAAGCCUUAAAAGUUUCCUAUUAUUCUUCAUUGAAAAUGUUAGGAUAGGUACAUGGGAUAUAGAAAAUAUGUUACAUUACUUUUGUUGUAUAAAAUCAUUCAUAGAAAAUUAUUUUUGUGUGAUCAGUUUUGCUUAUUUUGAGCCAUUUUAGGAUGUCCUGUCACUUUAAAUCCAAAGAAGCUGCUGCAGGCCACUUCCCCCCCAAUUCAACGUUUACACUUGCCCAUGUAAAUAACUGCCAACUGAUGCGCAAUUACACAACCGUACGUCUUUGAAAAGCAUAAGUGGAGCCUCCUGCACAACCAACAAUAUUGUAACAAGUGGUUUCUGAAGGAUUACUCAAAAACAAAACUCUUGUCUCUUCACUGUGGUUGCUAGGUGCAGUGCCUGUUGAUUUGUGACGUUGCAUUCAGAAGGUUUUCAAAACAGCCAAUUUUCCAGACACCAAAAAAACAUGAACUUAUUGCCAAAGACAUCUUUAAUGAAAGUUGUUUUCAUGUUUAAAUUGCAGAAAAGUUAGUUUCAACAAACUAACAUGUAAAUACCUGGGAAGCAAUCUAUAAAUGUAUUGUUUGUUUCUGAAAAGUUACCAGUAAGGUCAUUGAUAAUGACCCGUAACUUCCAUUUAGAAAAAUCGCUCGAGUCUCUGAAAGCUAACCUGUGAAUUUCAGAAACGUAUCCCGUGUGCUUCAAGUUGGCAAAUGGCAGACUUCAGGAACAUAAACAUUACAUUUCACAAAAUUACUUUGUUAAUUUCAGGAAAGUAGUAAUUUUUUAAUUACAGAUAAAUAGGGCAUGAGUUCCAAAUAGGGAACAUUUAAGCAAAACUGCAGGAAAACGUAACUUGGGGCAUCAGGAUGGUAACCUUUACGUUCAAAGCAAAUUCUUUAAGUUCCAGUAAAUCAGUGCUUCUCAAAAAAACAAAAAACAAAAAAAAAAAACUUUACUUUUUUCAAUUAACUUGUUAGUGUCAGUAAAGUAACAUCAAUUUUGAGGAAAGUAACCUGUGUAUUCCUUGAUAGUAGCUUUGUAGUUAUAAAGAACCUCAAGUUUUACAAAUGUAACCUGUGAAUUUCAGAGAAGUACUUAUGUGUGUCAGGACAGUAACUUUUACUUCCAGGAAUUUAAGCCUUACUUUCUAAAUUUUGGUAAAGUGGUCUUUAAGUUUCAAAAAAUAAUGUGUUAACUUCAGAAACACAACAUGUGAGGUCCAGUAGACUCCCUAGUUAUUACUAGGAAUGUUUCAAGAAAUAAACCUGCUUGCUGUGGGAUAUAAUAACCUUUCCGAUUUUUAAGUUUUAAAAUCUACAUUUUGUUUUGUUGCAUUUUAAUCCAAGUUGAUUUUUUUAUCCAACCAGAUGAGGCAAUCUAGUGGAAAUGCUUCUGCACUUUUCUCACUGUAGGGUUUCCAUUACUUUACAUAUUAGCUCUUCCUGUAUGUAUAAUCCUGUGAUAUUUGUUCAAGUCAAAACAUAUAAACAGACAGUGUGGGUGUUUAGAGACGUCUGAGUCAUGUUUAGACCCGUCUCGUCUUCUUUCCUCCUUUCAUUUGGUUAAAAUUUUUUACAUUUUUGUGUUUAAAUAAUAUAGU